AUGUAUGUUUCCACCGCCCUGGUUCUCAUUGCCGCCAGUAUUGCAGAUGAAGCUACAGGUUUCACUUCACGUCUUGGACUAUCUCCUAUGGUGGUGCUCAGUAGAGAGCGCGGAUCGGUAUUCAUGGCCCAGUCAAGCCCAGAAGAACAGAUGGAAACUGAUGAUGAAAUUGAUCGCCUUAAAUCAAUGGCUCAAAAGUUAAGGGCUGAAGCUGCAGCUCUGGAAGCGGAAAGAGCAGAAGAACUCGCUGCGGCAACUGAACUGGUCUUCCGCAAGUUUGACACAAACCAAGACGGUGAAAUCUCACUCAAAGAGCUCAAGGAAGGCCUUGAAAAGUCUCUCAAGAUUGAGCUUACUGAUAGUCGAGUAGAGCAAAUCAUGAAAGGUUUUGAUGUUUCAGGAGAUGGAAAGCUACAGCGUGAUGAAAUGGUCGGGCUUGAGCAAUUUCGGAACAAGCUAGAAGCUUUGGCACGGGAUGAAAAGCUCCAGGCUCUCGAGGCCAAGAAAGCAGCAGAAAACGAAGCAAAGGAAGCAUUGAUUGCAGAAGUUCGUUUGAAUCUGUUGAAUGACAAAGAACCAACAACUCGAGACAAACUCGUCUCUAUCCUCCCGUACUUGUUUCCUUUGAUGGACAGCCUGCAAUUCGGCAGGUUUUUGAUUGUGGAGAACCCUGACAACCCGUUUGUAGUAAUUCUUGCUCUGCUGUAUGCACUCUACAAAGCAGUGCCUUUCUCAGGCUUUGUGUCGUUCCUUGUUUUGAACGUGCUUUCGUCAAAUCCGGGAAUCAACAGGCUGAUCAGAUUCAACAUGCAACAAGCAAUUUUCCUCGAUAUUGCGCUUUUCUUUCCUGGUUUGAUUGGCGCGGCAUAUUCAUUGCUUCUUGCCAAUUCGGGAGCAACCCUUCCUCCAAUCUUGACAGAAUUGGGAUCUGACAUCAUUUUCGGUUCGCUGCUUAUCACAAUUGCGUACUGCUCAAUAAGUUCUUUGCUUGGAGAAACGCCCAACAAGAUUCCGCUGAUCAGUCAGGCCGCUGAAGAUCGAAUGCCAACCAUUGAUAUGUUUGACGACAGUGGUCGUUUCGUUCCAAGGGAUAUGCGGGAAGAUGAUGAAGAAAAGAAAGAUUGA